AUGUUUCAGUUCAGUAACUCAGAUGGAGUCUGUGCUCCGGUCAUGCAGGAAGAACUGAACAAUUUGGACAUAGGACCCAUCGGAGCGGACAGGAACUGGAAGGGCAUUGGCAUCUCUCUUCUGGUUAUUUUGGUGGUGCUCUCACUCAUUGGAAUGUCCAUUGUUCUGCUGUCCAAAGAUGAUGGUGGGAAACACUUGGGUUCACAGUUGACCCUAGAAGACCUCUUUCAAAGAAACUUCCAAAUUCAUGACCCUCAUGCAAAGUGGAUCAGUGGGGAGGAAAUCAUCUUUCGGAACUGGGAUGGAGAUGUUUUGAAAAUGUCGAUACACAGCAAUGAAACUGGUGUCCUGCUGAAAAACGCAACAUUUGCAACUUUUAAGGCCUCAAAGUUUGCAGUUUCUCCAGAUCUGAAUUUCGUUCUUCUUGGAUACGAUGUCAAACAGGUCUACCAGUAUUCUUUCUUAGCAUCUUAUCUGAUCUACAACCUCCAUACAAGAGAAGUCAGAGAGCUGAAUCCUCCAGAGGUGUCAAACUCAGUCCUCCAGUUUGCCUCAUGGGGUGUUCAAGGUCAACAAUUGAUAUAUAUCUUUGAAAACAACAUUUAUUACCAAACUGAUGUUCAGAGCAGCUCAUGGAGGUUCACAUCCUCUGGACACGAGGGGACUGUCUUCAAUGGCAUCGCAGACUGGCUGUAUGAGGAGGAAGUGUUGCACAGUCAGGUGGCCCACUGGUGGUCCCCUGAUGGAUCCAGACUGGCUUACCUCACCAUCAAUGACUCCCUGGUCCCUAACAUGCUCCUGCCUCAUUUCACAGGAUCUCUCUACCCCAGAGGAAAGGAGUACCCUUACCCAAAGAUGGAUCAAAACAACCCCAUUGUCAAACUGCAUGUUGUCGCUCUAGAUGGCAGUUCACUAACAACUGAAAUGAGACCUCCUGACAGUUUUGAAAAGAGUGAUUACUACAUCACCAUGGUGAAAUGGGCAACACGGGACAAGCUGAGUGUGCGUUGGGUGAAUCGAGCUCAAAAUCUGUCCAUUCUUUCACUGUGUGUUGUGACCACAGGUGACUGCACAAAGAAACAUGUGAUGACAUCAGACAAGUGGCUUGAUCGUCAGAAUGAAGAGCCAGUGUUUUCUGGAGACUGCACAACAUUCUUCAUCACUAUGCCUUUAAAACACGGUGACAGUGGGACAUUCAACCAUAUCACCAUGAUCUCCAAUGAGUUUGAGGGUCAAGAGGUCAGUCUCCGCCACCUCACCUCAGGAAGCUGGGAAGUUUCUGAAAUCUUGGCCUAUGAUAAAACAACUAAAACAAUUUAUUUCCUGAGCACAGAGGAAGGCCCAACACAGCGGCAAAUGUACAGGGUCUCCACAGUCGAGCCCUUUCUUAAAGAAUGCCUCACCUGCUCCCUCUUCAAAUCAAAGUGUACCUUCUACGAGGCACACUUCAGUCCCGACUACCACCACGUUAUCCUCAACUGCAGAGGUCCUGGAAUCCCACAAUCAUCUCUGCACAAGCUCAGUGAUAUGAGCAAACACAUGACUUUUGAAAUAAACACAGUAUUAAAAAAUGCACUGGUGAACAGGACGAUGCCCAAGUGGGAAAGAAGAACCAUACAGAUCAACAACUUUGCUUUUAAUCUGGAGUUAAUUGUCCCAGUAGAUUUGGAUGAAACAAACCACUACCCGCUUUUAUUGAUCCUUGACCGUACCCCUGGUGGUCAGGCGGUGAGCGACUGCUUCUCUCUCAGCUGGGACACAGUGCUGGUCAGCUCUGACAAAGUCAUUGUGGCUCGUCUGGACGGCCGGGGUAGCGGCUUUCAGGGUCAGAGGAUCUUGCACGAGCUUCACGGGAGUCUGGGAACUGUUGAUGUCCAAGAUCAGAUCACAGUCGUGGAGCGUCUGAUCAGACUACCUUAUAUUGAUGAAAACAGAGUUGGAGUUUAUGGAAAGGCUUAUGGGGGCUUCGUGUCCUCCCUCCUGCUACUGUCCCACAGCUCUGUGUUCAAGUGUGGUAUUGCUGUGGCUCCUAUAACAAACUGGAGACUCUAUGGAUCAACCGCUGAGAAAUACUUUGGCUCUCCUGUGAAAGAGGAUCACAAAUACCAGAUUUCCUCUAUGCUCAGUAACGUCACCAAACUGAGUCCACUGAAGUUCCUUAUUAUUCACGGUACAGCAGAUGCCAAAGUCCAUUUUCAACAUUCCGCCGAGUUGGUCAAACUGAUGUCUGCAUCAAAUGUCAACUACUCUCUCCAGAUCUUCCCUGAUGAAGGACACAAACUUGCUUCUACUAAGAGCCAAUACUACAUGUCAAGCUCAGUGCUCACCUUCUUCAGGAACUGCUUUCAGGAGGAUGAGGACUUUGCCCUGCUGAUGUCCAAAGAAGAUGACUGACCUGGAUAUGAACCAACAAUGAGAGGCUGAGGAGAUGCAACCAUGGAUUGUGUUUAAAGAUUGGACCACAUGGCAGCCUCCCAAAAACUGAAGGCAAAUUAUCUCCAUUGCCCCCUUGUGGCUGGCAGUAGUAUAGGUCAUACACUCUUCCUCCUUAAAGCUGUUGUCAGCAGCUUUGUGUUACACUUUUAAAGAACUAGUUUGAAGUUCAGUUUAUACACAGGGAAAUAUUGGUUUGAUUUUGUGUGUUUUAUUAAUACUCAAAGGGAAAGUCCUCUUUACUUGGAACCUUCCUAGAAUUGGUGGGAACUGAACCCACGGAUUAAUGGGGGUUGGGUAUCUUGCUCAGAGGCUCCCCAGCACCUGACCUGUAGGAAUUUGAAACGGCAACUCUCCAGUUAUAAGCCAAGGUCCCUUUCCACUAAGUAGAUGCAUGAAGUUAUCAAGUAUGAAUGAAUGAAGUGGUUCACAUUCAUAUUUAUAUAUGAAUAUGAAUGUAUAUGUUUGAAUUUGCAAAGAAAUUAACAAUGUAUGUGAAAUGUAUACUGUGACCCCAUUCACCAAUCAAAAAUGGAAAAUGGCACAGGUGUGAGAUGGCAGCACCUGUAUGUGAGGUAUUUUGACCAGUGUCAUCCAUCUUUAUACUGUAUACCAUCUAUGGCUGCGAUCUGUCAAAGCAUGAGACAUUGGUUGCAUUGUGAGUCCAGGGGAACUUGUAUUGUUGCUGUAAUCUAAUUCUUCAAAUUAUUAUUAUUGUAUGUAGUAUUUGUAUCAUGCACAAAUGUCAGGGUAUCAAAGAAAAAUGUAUUUUUCCAGUUUAGAGUAUAGUUUUCGCGGACAGCUGUAAUCUACUGUGACUAUUUCUAUGUAUUUUGAAUGGCAAACCAAAACAUAACAUAACAAAUUAUGUCACAUAAUAACAAGAACCAAUUUCUGCAGGUGCCUUUACCUCAUUACAGUCAAUAUUUUGUCACCUUAGAGCCAACACAGUGUUCACGUAUAAUCAGAUCAUCUGACUAGUGUCAGUUUAUGUGUUUAUGUUUUAUGUCCAGUUUAGUCAUAUGCCUGUGACAGUCUUACUUUACACUUGAAUGCGAUCUCUUGCAAAAGCAUUUCUUCUCUUGAUUGAUUCUGUCCAGAUAGAUUCUACACACGAUAUCAUGUAGUAUUUAAUAUCCCACAAUGUGAAAGUGUUUUCAAACAGGGAAGGAAAUAAAGUUAGGCUAACUUGAUAUAGUGGUUGCUUGUGUUGUACAGUGGUCCAUAACCAUGACUCCUGUGACACUAUAUGUCAUCAUAUCCUUCCUAUUAUCACAAAUCUUUCUCGGACCAUGAUCCUGUGCUGCUCACUUUGCUUGAUUCUGUCAAACUGCAUGACGUUUACACCCCAGGGGAAAUUUAUAAGCUAAAAUAUAUGACUCAAGAGAAAAAUAGUCUUAUUUGUGUGUUGCAUUGUUUGCUCAUGUGCUCAACAAAGCAAUAAAAGUGAGAAUUCAUUGGGAUUCACAUCUGAUACAAACCAGUCUGGACAUUUUUUUUAUUUAUUUUUUAUUGCUGCAGCAUCAGCAGAG